GCAAAAGAUGGCCUGCUAUCCAAUCCCAACUGUAUAAAAGCAGCUGCUGUGUUCUGUUUGACACAGCCAUCACACACACAUACACAACACAAGCAUCAGAUAGAAGAAGCAGUGAUCUGAUCGACAUGGCCGCCGCCGCCACCAUGGCUCUGACCUCCCGCGCGCUCGUCGGCAAGCCGGCGACCACCAGCACCAGGGACGUCUUCGGCGAGGGCCGCAUCACCAUGCGCAAGACUGCUGCCAAGCCCAAGCCAGCGGCGUCCGGCAGCCCCUGGUACGGGGCCGACCGCGUCCUGUACCUGGGUCCGUUCUCCGGCGAGCCCCCAAGCUACCUGACCGGCGAGUUCCCCGGCGACUACGGCUGGGACACCGCCGGGUUGUCCGCGGACCCCGAGACCUUCGCCAAGAACCGCGAGCUGGAGGUGAUCCACUGCCGCUGGGCCAUGCUCGGCGCGCUCGGGUGCGUGUUUCCGGAGCUCCUCGCCCGCAACGGCGUCAAGUUCGGCGAGGCCGUGUGGUUCAAGGCCGGUUCACAGAUCUUCAGCGAGGGCGGGCUGGACUACCUCGGCAACCCGAGCCUGAUCCACGCGCAGAGCAUCCUGGCCAUCUGGGCGUGCCAGGUGGUGCUCAUGGGCGCCGUCGAGGGGUACCGCGUCGCCGGUGGCCCGCUCGGGGAGGUGGUCGACCCGCUGUACCCUGGCGGCAGCUUCGACCCGCUCGGGCUCGCCGACGACCCGGAGGCGUUCGCGGAGCUGAAGGUGAAGGAGAUCAAGAACGGCCGUCUCGCCAUGUUCUCCAUGUUCGGCUUCUUCGUGCAGGCCAUCGUCACCGGCAAGGGUCCCCUCGAGAACCUCGCGGACCACCUGGCCGACCCCGUCAACAACAACGCCUGGGCCUAUGCCACCAACUUCGUCCCCGGCAAGUGACCGGCAGGCCGCAGGAGUCCGCCAUGGAUGUCACCACGAGAGCAUUCCAGCGCAUGGUAGGGUCUACAUUGCCAUGAGGAGGGUCCGUGGCAAGUGAAUUUAACUUUUGUAUAGAACAGUGUGUUAAGCGUUCGAUUAUUUGGGAUUAUACAUACGAAUGAGGUAUUUGGCGGUAUCCUACAUUUGUACAGAUGGAGACAAGAAGGAUGAUCGUGUAUGAACUUUUGGCAAAGGUAGCUUUUUGGCUGAAACUAAGAGAAACUCCU